AUGGGAAGUGUAGAUGUUUGGAUUUUAGUGUUGUCUGUUGUAUCAGCUAUGGCAAAUGCCAAGUCUCCAAAAGCUUCAACACCGCCCUGUAAUUCUCAAGGAAUCCCAGGAAUCCAAGGACCCCCAGGUAGCCCAGGGUCACCUGGUGUGCCAGGAAUGCCAGGUAUAACUGGACCACCAGGUCCACCAGGGCGUCGCGGAGACAUUAACGAGUGCCCUUCCAGUUCAAAAUCUGCUUUUGCAGUGAAACUGAGUGAUCCCUUUCCAGUACCUUUCCAUCCCAUUGUCUUCAAGGACAUCCUCCAUAACCUUCAGAAUGACUUCAAUCUAACCACCGGGAUGUUCACCUGCAGAAACGCUGGUGUGUACCACUUUGGCUUUGACAUUGAGCUAUUCCAGCAUCCUGUGAAGUUGGGACUCAUGAAGAACGGCAUCCAAGUCCUCGAGAAGGAAGCCAGGGCCAAGUACAGUUACAAGCAUGUUUCUGAAACUGCCAUCUUGCAACUGAUGAUAGAAGAUAAGGUCUGGCUGGAAUCUAAGCUAGACACAGCUGAGACUAAGAAAGGAUUGAUUCAAAGUGUGUUCUUUGGGUAUUUACUCUAUGAAAACUGUACAACCUAA